ACACACACGCACACAUUAAAAAAAAAAAAAAAAAAAAGUCCUUUUUACAGGAAAAAUCAUUUUCCAAGCAAAUAUCAACCUUAUAUUUAUAUAUAUAUAUAUAGUUUUACAAUAACAGCUUCUCCUCUCUGUAAUCUGCAUAUACAGAUAAACGCACACAAGCACAAGGUUUCCGUUUUAAUUCUUUUUCAAUUGAUUUUUCUUGUGUCCGAGGCUAUUAUAUAUAUAUAUAUAUAUAAAGAAAUAUAUCAAGAGGGUCAUAUAUAUUCUUUGGGUGUGUGAGAGAGAAGGCAGAGAAGAAAGAUGGCAGGAAAUGAGUGGAUCAAUGGGUACUUAGAAGCUAUUUUGGAUGUGGGAAGCAGCGAAAGGAAAAAGCUUGAUGGGUCGAACAAGAAGAUGGCCAAGUUUGAAGUGAAAGAGGAUAAGCUGUUCAGUCCUACCAAGUACUUUGUUGAAGAAGUUACCAACAGCUUUGAUGAAUCUGACCUGUAUAAGACUUGGGUCAAGGUAAUAGCGACCAGGAAUACUCGUGAACGGAGUAACAGGCUGGAGAAUAUGUGCUGGCGAAUUUGGCAUCUUGCCCGCAAAAAGAAGCAGAUUGCAUGGGAAGAUACAAGAAAGCUAGCAAAACAAAGGUUGGAACGGGAACAGGGAAAAAACGACGCUGCAGAAGACCUGUCUGAGUUGUCGGAAGGCGAGAAAGAGAAAGGCGAUGUUAAUGUUUCUGGCGCAGUGAAGGAGUUUUCAAGAAUUAACUCUGAUCUGCACAUUUGGUCCGAUGAAGAUAACUCGAGGAACCUCUACAUCGUCCUAAUUAGCAUGCACGGGUUGGUUCGUGGAGAAAACAUGGAACUUGGAAGAGACUCAGAUACUGGUGGUCAGGUGAAAUACGUGGUGGAACUUGCUCGAGCUCUAGCAAACACUAAGGGAGUGUACCGGGUGGAUCUCUUGACCAGACAAAUAGCCUCGCCGGAGGUGGACUUCAGCUACGGCGAACCAAUAGAGAUGUUGUCAUGCCCAGCUGAUGCCAGUGGCAGCUGCGGAGCUUACAUUGUCCGCAUUCCUUGCGGUCCCCGUGACAAGUACUUGCCUAAAGAGUUGCUGUGGCCUUACAUUCCUGAAUUUGUUGACGGCUCCCUAAACCACAUUGUGAAUAUGGCAAGGGGCCUAGGAGAGCAAGUGAAUGGAGGAAAACCAGCAUGGCCUUACGUGAUUCAUGGUCACUAUGCAGAUGCAGCGGAGGUGGCGGCUCAUUUGUCAGGAGCACUAAACGUGCCAAUGGUGCUAACAGGACACUCUCUGGGCAGGAACAAGUUCGAGCAAUUGCUUAAGCAAGGGAGGUUGUCUAGGGAGGACAUAAAUGCAACGUACAAGAUCAUGAGGAGGAUUGAAGGAGAGGAGUUGGGAUUGGAUGCAGCAGAAAUGGUGGUAACCAGUACAAGACAAGAGAUUGAAGAACAGUGGGGAUUGUACGACGGGUUUGAUCUCAAGUUGGAGAGAAAGCUUAGGGUUCGGAGACGGCGUGGAGUCAGUUGCCUUGGGCGUUACAUGCCUAGGAUGGUGGUGAUACCACCCGGUAUGGACUUCAGUUACGUUACAGCACAAGAUUCACUGGAAGGAGAUGGGGACCUCAAAUCACUGAUUGGCCCUGACCGAGGCCAAACCAAAAGGCAUCUGCCUCCAAUAUGGUCUGAGAUAAUGCGAUUUUUCACAAAUCCACACAAACCAACUAUACUUGCAUUGUCUCGUCCUGACCCCAAGAAAAAUGUCACCACAUUGCUCAAGGCUUUUGGAGAGUGUCAGCCUCUGCGAGAGCUGGCCAACUUGACCCUAAUACUUGGAAAUAGAGAUGACAUCGAAGAGAUGUCUAAUAGCAGCUCUGCAGUCCUCACAAAUGUGCUAAAGCUAAUUGACAGGUAUGACUUGUACGGUCUAGUGGCCUACCCCAAGCACCAUAAGCAAUCAGAAGUUCCUGACAUCUACCGUUUGGCUGCUAAAACUAAGGGAGUUUUCAUCAAUCCAGCUCUUGUCGAGCCAUUUGGUCUCACACUUAUAGAGGCAACUGCUUAUGGUUUGCCUGUUGUCGCCACGAAGAAUGGUGGACCAGUGGAUAUCUUGAAGGCACUUAACAAUGGCCUCCUGGUCGACCCACAUGAUCAGAAAGCUGUAGCAGAUGCCCUCUUAAAACUUCUUGCUGACAAGAACCUCUGGGCAGAAUGCAGAAAAAAUGGCCUCAAGAACAUCCAUCGCUUUUCAUGGCCGGAACACAGCCGAAACUAUCUUUCCCAUGUUGAACAUUACCGAAACCGCCACCCCACCACCCGGCUUGAGAUCAUGACAAUUCCAGAGGAGCCUAUGAGUGACUCUCUAAGGGACGUGGAAGACCUGUCUCUAAGGUUCUCGACAGAAGGAGAUUUCAAAUUUAAUGGAGAGGUUGAUGCAGCAGCUAGACAAAAGAAACUAAUUGAAGCCAUUACCAAAAUGUCUUCUUCAAAUGGCUCCGCAGCAGUUACUUAUACACCUGGUAGGAGGCAGAUGCUAUUUGUAAUAGCUGCUGAUUGCUAUAAUAAUGAAGGUGAGAGCACAGAAACUCUUCAAUCAACAAUCGAGAAUGUGAUGAAAGCUGCAGGAUUAAGUGUUGGGGUGGCCAGAGUAGGGUUUGUUUUGGUAACUGGGUCAAGUUUAAGGGAGACUUUACAAGCAUUAAGAUGUUGCCCGGUAAACAUAGAAGAUUUUGAUGCACUUGUUUGUAAUAGUGGAAGUGAAAUAUAUUACCCGUGGAGGGAUAUGGUGGCUGAUGUAGGCUAUGAAGCUCAUAUUGAAUACAGAUGGCCAGGUGAACAUAUAAGGUCAACAGUAAUGAGGCUCGCUCGAACAGAAGACGGGGCCGAGGAUGACAUUGUGGAGUAUAUGGCCGCAUGUAGCUCUAGAUGUUACUCUUAUGCUGUGAAACUAGGAGCAAAGACUCGAAAGAUUGAUGACCUUCGGCAAAGGCUUCGAAUGAGAGGUUUCCGGUGCAGCCUUGUCUACUCACGGGCAUCAUCAAGAUUGAAUGUGGUGCCAUUAUUUGCAUCAAGAAUACAAGCCUUAAGGUAUCUAUCAAUCAGAUGGGGAAUUGAUCUAUCCAAAGUCAUAAUCUUUGUUGGGGAGACGGGGGAUACAGAUUAUGAGGACUUGCUCGCUGGCCUCCAAAAAACCAUUAUUCUAAAAGGCACUGUAGAAUGCGGUAGUGAAGAGCUUCUUCACCAUGAAGACAGUUUAAGAAGAGAAGAUGUAGUCCCACAAGAAAGUCCUAACAUCGUCUACAUCAAUGAGAAUUAUGAAGCUCAAGAUAUCGCUGCAGCACUACAGAUGCUUGGAGUCAAGUGAUAUUUUUAUAUAUUUCUCUCUUUCUUUUUUCAAGGUUUUUGGCACUCUAUGACAAUCAAAAGAAUCUAAUCAUUCAGACGUCAACUUGUAAGAAAUUAUAUGCAAUACAACUUAUAUCUAUGUUUGUAAGUAAUUUUAGAUCUACAAGAUCUUCAACUUAAUUACAGAAUGUCAAGCGAAAGCUUCUAUAUGCA